UUUUUCUAUGUAGUCACCACUUAAUACUGACGAUAGCAUUGGAUAGAACAAUUUUUAUCAAAUGGCUGACUAUACACUAAAUUAAAACCAAACAAAUUGCUUAGAUAUUUUAGGUACAUAGGUGGGAAUCUUCAUUUAGUAGAAAUUUGAAUUUUUCUAAGUGAUGAUAGGUAGAACUGGUUAAUCUAAGUAAUUGAUUAGGAUUUUAGACUCCAAAUGUUUUUAAAGUGUACGCUGCAAACGAUUAAGGUGAGUAGAUUGAACAAAAAGAAUUAUUCAAGUGUAAGGAAAAAUCUUCAAAUUGCGCAAGACUGACAUUAAGGUAACUCUUAUUAUAACAUUGAGUCCAUCUUUUCGACCAUUUGAGAUGUUUGUUAGUAAUUACGGAUGCAAAGACUUUCAACCUAAUAUGGAUCAAAUGUUCUAGGAAAACUCUGAUCGCAUUAUUUUUAAAUUUGAUAGAAAGUACGUGUGUACUUGCUGCUGUUUGAAUAGGUUUUUAUGCGUAUUUAUUGAUAUUCAGGCCACGCUUAGAUGUAUAAUAUGUUGAAAAUGGUUAAAACAGGAAUUUAGGUUAUAUUGUCAAUCCAUGGUAUUGUUGUACUCUUGGUUGUCAUAUCUUUGAUUCAGAAAAUAAAUUGAAAUACAUUAUAGAGGGUAGUUGUUGUUAAUGUUAUUUUUGGUGCAGAUGUCCUUGUAGUGAUUAAUGCAAUCAUGUAGAAUUUCAUAUCAAAACCCCAAAUGGAGAAGUAAAUAAUUGAGCUAGUUAUUUGAGGUUGUAGCUCCAAUGAAUAAGAUAGUGAAAGGUUGCUGUCAAAAUUGGGCUGACUUCACUGAUAAUAUUAGUGUUGUAUUUCCUUAAAAUGCAUCGAAAGAAGAUAAAGCUUUAAUUUUAGCAGCCACAAUUUUGUUUGAGUAUAUGUACUUUGAGAACAAGGAUGGUCCACAACCAACAAAUUGA